CUGUGAAUGAAGGAGGAGGACCCGCCAAGGGCUGCAGACCGGAGAUAACACUAAGCUAGGCUUUCUGUUCUCUGACACAACGAGCUAGGACAACACCUGCUCUCCUCUCCCCGACUCUCACUAACGUUUCCACUGCUGUCUUCUGGUCAACAAGACACAUGACACAAUAACAAACACAAAGCGAAAAAAUGCCAUCUCUGUCGGAGCAGCUGCAGGAGGUGCGGAGUCGGGCUGAGGUGUGUCUGUACUCGGGGGGCAGGGUGGUGGAGGUGCGGGUCGGGGUGAUGGCUAUGGCUAAUCUGACUUUACCCCCCUGCUCCAAAUACUGCCACAUCGCUGCAGAGACCAUGGUGAUAGAAAACAGCUUCGGCAGCAACAGGAAGGAGACCCUGGCAUCUCUCCAGCGCUUGUCCACAGCAUUGAACAUCCUAGAAAAGUAUGGCUGCAAUUUGACAAAUCCCAACAGGCCAAAGUACUGGAGGACGGUGAAACACAACAACCCAGUGUUCAGGGCCACCGUUGAUGCUAUUCAGGGAGGACGAAGGGUGCUCUGUCUCUAUGGUUACUCCAAUCAGCAGCCAGACGGACUCAGCUUCCCUGAUGAUGUCACGGAUCCUGAUGUGGGCUGCGUUGCUGCAGUAACGCUAGAAGUGAUGAGUCUGAGGAUGGAGCUAGAAAUGCUUAUUAAGGAGGCUCAUCCCCACCCUGAGUUCUACGAGAGAAUCAUCCCUACACUAAGACACAAGGAUGUGGGUCUCAACACUGACUCUGUGAUCUGCCACUUCCCCUCCACUUCAUGCCACUCAGGCGGUCAGACCAAGUCUCUGGCCUUCCCCCUCCACCAUCACUCCUCCAGGGAGAGCAGUCGUGGCCAGUCCCUGUUCUCCAACCACCAAAGUCUCAGGUCCACUCAGGCCUUUCCCGCCUCCUCAAACAAGCACCCAGAGAACUGCACUAUCUGCGGGAUAUUCCGUAUCUCCGCCCACUGCCUCACCUGCCUCCAGGGGCUCUGCUCAGAAUGUGACAGACUGUACCACUCCUACCCUGAGAGGUCCAACCACCGGCGAACAGCUGUCUCUUCUUCAUCGUCAUCAUCAUCAUCAUCCCAAAACAAGAGAAGUCAAAGUUCUUCCACCUGGCGUUGCCUCCACUGCACCAAAGUCAACUCCGUCCAGGAUGUGCUGUGUGAGGAGUGUGAGCGGCCUCGCCUGGAACUGAUCAGCUCUAAAGCAGAUGAAUCUCAGCCCGCCACCAUCACUGAGUGGCAGUGUAAGAGCUGCACCAUGGUGAACGCAGCCAGCAGUGUUCUGUGCGAAGUGUGUGAAAGACCCCGUUUGGCCACACGACCACCGGUGACCCCGUCACACCCACCCAUCACCCCCCCCAGACCACCAGCACCUGUACUGGGCAUGCCCGGUGACCCUGACAGUCAGUGGGUGUGUCAGUUCUGCACCUAUCUGAACUACUCUCCUGCUACGGUGUGUGAGAUGUGUGACCUGGCUCGUCCUGAGCCCGCCCCCCUGCCCGUGAAGCUCCGUCCUCCCUCUCCGGUCAGACGGGUCCCCGCGCUGCCGAUCAAACCCAAAAAGCCCGCCCCCGAAGACCUGGACUCCUGGAGGCAGAGGCUGAUGAAGGAGGAGGGACUGAAGCUCAUUCAGCUGAUCAGAGACGGGGAGAAGAAAGGAGUGAGUCCAGAGGAGGUGUACACAAGCAGGAGGGUUUCAGGGGACAGCAGCAUCCUGCCGUGCAAGUGGUUAAAGACGGAGCUCCCUCUGCUGUUAGACCAGAUCAGGACGUCUGUGGCAACGUCUCCCCUUCAGAACGUCUGUGACCAGACCACAGCGGAGCGCACAAGCAGGUCGUCUGAAGCUCCUGCCGAGGAUGCUGGGAAAGAGGGGGACACUGAGAGCGGGGUCCAGCUGUCCAGAGCAGAGGCCAAGCAGGCCUGGCUGACAGCAGGGGGCGACAUCGAGCGAGCUGCCAGGCAAGCUCUGAGAGACAGACUCGCCAAGGUGAAGGAGCUGUGUGCGCUGGGCUUCAGCGACGAGGCUCGAUGCCACGAGGCCCUGACGCAGAGCGGCGGUGAGUUGAGAGGGGCCCUGGCCCUGCUGCAGCGACCGCUCCUGGAGCCCUUCCACAAGCACAUUUGGAGCGACAAGCCCGAGCCACCCCUGGACAUCGAUCACCCUGACAAACAGCGCACAUGUCGGAGGUUACUCGCGGUGUAUGAUCUUCCCAGCUGGGGUCGCUGUGAGCUGGCAUUGUCUCUGCUCCUGGAGCACAGUGCCCCCUAUUCACUGGAGGACGUGGUGCAGGCUGUGCGAGAGUCCCACGACAGGGAGUUCAUCAAGCGAGUGCUGGCUAAAGAGUGUCCCAUCUGCCUCUCCGUCUUCCCCCACAGCAAGAUGCAGUCCCUGACGUCGUGUCAGUGCUCUGUGUGCUGUGGUUGUUUCCAGCAGCACUUCACCAUCGCUGUCAGGGACAAACACAUCAGAGACAUGGUGUGUCCAGUCUGCUGGGAGCCAGACAUCAAUGACCCUGAACACCUCAACAGCUACUUCUCCACCCUGGACAUCCAGCUGCGAGAAUGUCUGGAGCCAGAAGUCUAUGAGCUGUUCCAUAAGAAGCUGACAGAGCAGGCUCUGAUCAAGGACCCCAAGUUCCUCUGGUGCUGUCAUUGUUCAUAUGGGUUCAUCUAUGAUGGAGACCAGCUUAAAGUCACCUGUUUUCAGUGUCGCAACAGUUUCUGUGCUCAGUGUAAAAAGCCUUGGGAGUCUCAGCAUGCCGGUCUGUCCUGUGAACAGUACCAGUCCUGGAAGAGAGAGAAUGAUCCGGAGUAUCAGAGACAGGGCCUGGCUGGAUACCUCAGAGACAACGGCAUCACCUGUCCUAACUGUCGCUUUCAGUACGCACUGUCCAAAGGAGGCUGCAUGCAUUUCUGCUGCUCCCAGUGUCGUUACCAGUUCUGCAGUGGCUGCAACAACCCGUUCCACACUACGUGUGCAGUGGACGAGUGCAGUGUGUCUGGAUUACAUGCCCAUCAUCCCAGAGACUGCCUCUUCUAUCUGAGAGACUGGGAACCUUCCAGACUGCAGGCUUUACUGCAGAAUAAUGGAGUGGCCUUCAACACUGAACCCCCACCUGGAACACAGACAGGUCUGUGUGGAGUGAUAGAGCAGAAGGAUGAGGGAGGGCAGCAGCCAGAUUCAGCUUGUGGAGCUCAGACCCAACCUGGACAUGCUGGACUCUGCGAGAAGCAUUACCGGGAGUACCUUGUCAGCCUGAUCAACAGCCACUCCAUCGACCCCGCCCCCCUCUACAGCUCCAACGAGCUGCUGCUGGCCAGCAGGAGGUACAAGGUGGACGACAGCCGCAGGGACGGAGAGGACGGCUUCACCUUCUUCAGCCGGCUGCUGGAGAAACUGAUGAAUGAAGUACCGCUUGGCGAUAAGGUGCCACGCAAGAAAUAAAUAAUCACUUCCUGUGUCCUGC